AUGGUGAGAAUCCUGGCUAAUUUGGUUUCAGUUGCAUAUACCAUUUGACGUCAACGUUCGCGAGCAAUGUAUAUUCCAAAACCAAACGCUUGUUUCGCCAAAAUCUCUACAAGGUAAAAACAUUUAACUUUAUUCCAUGUCGAAUCUGAACGAAGUUGACACGAGGCGCCAUUUUGGAUGGGCACUGUUUUAGCCAAGUCACGUGUUCUUUCCUUUGCAAUAACACAGGCCAUAAAGCCGGGUUUUCUCAAUUAUACGUGAGAUUCGUAAACCAGUAUACCUUUCCUCAUGUAACUGUUUUGAGUAUUUACUUAGUAAACCAUAGUUCAGGUAUACAUUUGCUGACACCAGCUAGCUACCAACAUAUAACACAUCCAAAGCUGACACAUUAUCCGUUUUUGCAUGCUACCUACUAACAUAGCUGCAAAUAAACAAGCCAAGGAAUACUGUGAAUUGGUCGUUAUUUUACAUUGAAUAUAUUUCAGAACUAAACUACAUUUACUUGCUAUGAUGGUGUAAUUUGCGUCCUACUUUGCGAUCAGUCGACCGAUGCCUACGGUCAUAUGCUGGCGCAAGUGAAUGACGACAACUGAGUCUGAGCAAGACGGCUAACUAGCUAUGUUGGCUGACGUUUAACGUUUCAGAUGUAGACUGUUGGUUAACUAUCUACAUGCGAUUAGGUACAUUGUAACCUAUUGCAGGAUAACCUAUCCCUGACCUUUUUGUCUUCCUCAGGCUUGUGCCCGGCCGUUAAUCUCUAUCUACUCCGAGAAAGGAGAGAGUUCAGGCAAAAAUGUCGUCAUGCCUGCCGUGUUUAAGGCUCCCAUCCGCCCUGACAUUGUCAACUUUGUGCACACCAACAUGCGCAAGAACAACCGUCAGCCCUAUGCUGUCAGCAAACUGGCCGGUGAGUGAUUGUUUCAACAUGUAUUCAGUCAAAUAAACAUUGCUUUUUUGGAGACAGAUGACAAGCUUUACUGAUGAGUUGACACUUCGGUCCGUGUUUCUGAGAGCAGUGAUUAUAGUAGAAGUUCUGAAUGGCUUUCAUCUGUACCAUAAAACCUAUAGCGGCCUGUUGACAAGGGUAAAGUAUACAGGAUAGGUUCUAAUGCGUUCUGUGUGUUCUCUGGGUUCCAGGUCACCAGACCAGCGCUGAGUCCUGGGGUACAGGCCGGGCCGUGGCCCGUAUUCCCCGUGUGAGGGGAGGUGGUACCCACCGCUCUGGUCAGGGAGCUUUCGGAAAUGUAUCCUUCUCUAACAGACAAAAUGAAACAUUUCCUAUUAAUUUUACGAUGUCUGUAACGGGUACAAAUGUGCUGCCGGGGUGGUGUUCAUUAUGUGUCAUUGUAACUGAACAUUUUGUAGAGGGAAUACACGUUUCUCAUUGGAUAAGUACAAAUGGUACCUCACUGUUUUGGAGUGUUCAUCAGUUUGUUGCCUAAUGAACAAAGCCCUGGUGGUAAUGCAUGCUGAGGUUGACUAGACAGUCGGAGGCUUGCAGUGAUGGUGUAAUUUGCGUCCUACACUGUGAACAGUGACAUUAUGCCUGAUGUCGUACGCUGGCACAAGUGGCUGACGAACAUUGAGUCUGAGCAAGGCACUCAAACACAUUUAGGGCCGGUUUCCGGGACACAGAUUAAGGUUGGCCCUAGACUAAAGACCACUUAAUGUUGUUUCCCUGGCUUGAAUCUUUCUGCCUUGUUUAGCAGUUCCUUGACCCAAGUGACUGUAGAUGUGUCGUGGAGGCCGCAUGUUCGCCCCCACCAAGACAUGGCGCCGCUGGCACCGCAGGAUCAACACCACACAGAAGCGUUACGCCAUCUGCUCCGCCCUGGCUGCCUCCGCCCUGCCCGCACUUGUCAUGUCAAAAGGUACGCCGCCCACCAUCCUCUGAUGUACUCACUGCACAGCUGUCUUACCAGUGUAAAUAUAUGUAUUUAACCUUGUACGAGUUCUAAUUUUUAGUUAAUAAUCUCUUUGCUAGACACCUGUUAUGCAUUUAAGAAACAACAGGCUCUUAAAGAGUUCAGGAUUUUGGCAAGGGGUCCCUUUAUCUACUUCCCCAGAGUCAGAUCGUCAUGGAUACCGUUUGUCUGAGUGCAGUUUGAAGGAAGGUGCUAAAUAGCGCUAGUGCAGUGACUGGAAGUCUAUUGGAACACCUAGCAUUCUAUUGGAACACCUAGCAUUCUAUUGGAACACCUAGCAUUCUAUUGGAACACCUAGCAUUCUAUUGGAACACCUAGCAUUCCGUCUCUUCCUGUAGACUCCGUCAUUGGGCUAACGCAAGAUAGCAUUAGCUCACAAAACUACCUAGAAUUUCCUUCAUACUGGACACUGACGUAAAAAUGGUAUCCACAAGUUCAUCUGACUCUGGGGAAGUAAAGGGUCUCGUUGCCAAAAUCCACAACUAUCCCUUUAAAAUGUUGAUUCAUUAAAGAUGACUUGUUAUGAUGGUGUAAUUUGCGUCUGACACUGCAGUGACGGUUUGCCGGCUGUCUUAUAACUGGCACUGUGGGUUGACGAAACAAAAGUUCUGAUAUUGUAUAUUAAUAUAAUGUAGCUAUUGCUAGAGAAACUGUACAUUGCUAUAUAAUGAAGCUGGUACUAGGGUAAUAUAAUGAAGCUGGUAGUAGUAGUAAAAUAUAUAAUCUAGUAGUAGGGUAAUAUAAUGAAGCUGGUAGUAGGGUAAUAUAAUGAAGCUGGUAGUAGGGUAAUAUAAUGAAGCUGGUAGUAGUAGUAAAAUAUAUAAUCUAGUAGUAGGGUAAUAUAUUGAAGCUGGUAGUAGGGUAAUAUAAUGAAGCUGGUAGUAGGGUAAUAUAAUGAAGCUGGUAGUAGUAGUAAAAUAUAUAAUCUAGUAGUAGGGUAAUAUAAUGAAGCUGGUAGUAGGGUAAUAUAAUGAAGCUGGUAGUAGGGUAAUAUAAUGAAGCUGGUAGUAGUAGUAAAAUAUAUAAUCUAGUAGUAGGGUAAUAUAAUGAAGCUGGUAGUAGGGUAAUAUAAUGAAGCUGGUAGUAGUAGUAAAAUAUAUAAUCUAGUAGUAGGGUAAUAUAAUGAAGCUGGUAGUAGGGUAAUAUAAUGAAGCUGGUAGUAGUAGUAAAAUAUAUAAUCUAGUAGUGGGGUAAUAUAAUGAAGCUGGUACUAGGGUAAUAUAAUGAAGCUGGUAGUAGGGUAAUAUAAUGAAGCUGGUACUAGGGUAAUAUAAUGAAGCUGGUAGUAGUAGUAAAAUAUAUAAUCUAGUAGUAGGGUAAUAUAAUGAAGCUGGUAGUAGGGUAAUAUAAUGAAGCUGGUAGUAGUAGUAAAAUAUAUAAUCUAGUAGUAGGGUAAUAUAAUGAAGCUGGUAGUAGGGUAAUAUAAUGAAGCUGGUAGUAGUAGUAAAAUAGAUAAUCUAGUAGUAGGGUAAUAUAAUGAAGCUGGUAGUAGGGUAAUAUAAUGAAGCUGGUAGUAGGGUAAUAUAAUGAAGCUGGUAGUAGUAGUAAAAUAUAUAAUCUAGUAGUAGGGUAAUAUAAUGAAGCUGGUACUAGGGUAAUAUAAUGAAGCUGGUAGUAGUAGUAAAAUAUAUAAUCUAGUAGUAGGGUAAUAUAAUGAAGCUGGUACUAGGGUAAUAUAAUGAAGCUGGUAGUAGGGUAAUAUAAUGAAGCUGGUACUAGGGUAAUAUAAUGAAGCUGGUAGUAGUAGUAAAAUAUAUAAUCUAGUAGUAGGGUAAUAUAAUGAAGCUGGUACUAGGGUAAUAUAAUGAAGCUGGUAGUAGGGUAAUAUAAUGAAGCUGGUACUAGGGUAAUAUAAUGAAGCUGGUAGUAGUAGUAAAAUAUAUAAUCUAGUAGUAGGGUAAUAUAAUUAAGCUGGUACUGGGGUAAUAUAAUGAAGCUGGUACUAGGGUAAUAUAAUGAAGCUGGUACUAGGGUAAUAUAAUGAAGCUGGUAGUAGUAGUAAAAUAUAUAAUCUAGUAGUAGGGUAAUAUAAUGAAGCUGGUAGUAGGGUAAUAUAAUGAAGCUGGUAGUAGUAGUAAAAUAUAUAAUCUAGUAGUAGGGUAAUAUAAUGAAGCUGGUAGUAGGGUAAUAUAAUGAAGCUGGUAGUAGUAGUAAAAUAUAUAAUCUAGUAGUAGGGUAAUAUAAUGAAGCUGGUACUAGGGUAAUAUAAUGAAGCUGGUAGUAGGGUAAUAUAAUGAAGCUGGUACUAGGGUAAUAUAAUGAAGCUGGUAGUAGUAGUAAAAUAUAUAAUCUAGUAGUAGGGUAAUAUAAUGAAGCUGGUAGUAGGGUAAUAUAAUGAAGCUGGUAGUAGUAGUAAAAUAUAUAAUCUAGUAGUAGGGUAGUAUAAUGAAGCUGGUACUAGGGUAAUAUAAUGAAGCUGGUAGUAGGGUAAUAUAAUGAAGCUGGUAGUAGGGUAAUAUAAUGAAGCUGGUAGUAGGGUAAUAUAAUGAAGCUGGUAGUAGUAAAAUAUAUAAUCUAGUAGUAGGGUAAUAUAAUGAAGCUGGUAGUAGGGUAAUAUAAUGAAGCUGGUAGUAGUAGUAAAAUAGAUAAUCUAGUAGUAGGGUAAUAUGAAGCUGGUAGUAGGGUAAUAUAAUGAAGCUGGUAGUAGGGUAAUAUAAUGAAGCUGGUAGUAGGGUAAUAUAAUGAAGCUGGUAGUAGGGUAAUAUAAUGAAGCUGGUAGUAGUAGUAAAAUAUAUAAUCUAGUAGUAGGGUAAUAUAAUGAAGCUGGUAGUAGGGUAAUAUAAUGAAGCUGGUAGUAGGGUAAUAUAAUGAAGCUGGUAGUAGUAGUAAAAUAGAUAAUCUAGUAGUAGGGUAAUAUAAUGAAGCUGGUAGUAGGGUAAUAUAAUGAAGCUGGUAGUAGGGUAAUAUAAUGAAGCUGGUAGUAGUAGUAAAAUAUAUAAUCUAGUAGUAGGGUAAUAUAAUGAAGCUGGUAGUAGGGUAAUAUAAUGAAGCUGGUAGUAGGGUAAUAUAAUGAAGCUGGUAGUAGUAGUAAAAUAGAUAAUCUAGUAGUAGGGUAAUAUAAUGAAGCUGGUAGUAGGGUAAUAUAAUGAAGCUGGUAGUAGGGUAAUAUAAUGAAGCUGGUAGUAGGGUAAUAUAAUGAAGCUGGUAGUAGGGUAAUAUAAUGAAGCUGGUAGUAGUAGUAAAAUAGAUAAUCUAGUAGUAGGGUAAUAUAAUGAAGCUGGUAGUAGGGUAAUAUAAUGAAGCUGGUAGUAGGGUAAUAUAAUGAAGCUGGUAGUAGGGUAAUAUAAUGAAGCUGGUAGUAGGGUAAUAUAAUGAAGCUGGUAGUAGUAGUAAAAUAUAUAAUCUAGUAGUAGGGUAAUAUAAUGAAGCUGGUACUAGGGUAAUAUAAUGAAGCUGGUAGUAGUAGUAAAAUAUAUAAUCUAGUAGUAGGGUAAUAUAAUGAAGCUGGUACUAGGGUAAUAUAAUGAAGCUGGUAGUAGGGUAAUAUAAUGAAGCUGGUACUAGGGUAAUAUAAUGAAGCUGGUAGUAGUAGUAAAAUAUAUAAUCUAGUAGUAGGGUAAUAUAAUGAAGCUGGUACUAGGGUAAUAUAAUGAAGCUGGUAGUAGGGUAAUAUAAUGAAGCUGGUACUAGGGUAAUAUAAUGAAGCUGGUAGUAGUAGUAAAAUAUAUAAUCUUGUAGUAGGGUAAUAUAAUGAAGCUGGUAGUAGGGUAAUAUAAUGAAGCUGGUAGUAGUAGUAAAAUAUAUAAUCUAGUAGUAGGGUAAUAUAAUGAAGCUGGUAGUAGUAGUAGGGUAAUAUAAUGAAGCUGGUAGUAGUAGUAGGGUAGUAUAAUGAAGCUGGUAGUAGUAGUAGGGUAGUAUAAUGAAGCUGGUAGUAGUAGUAGGGUAGUAUAAUGAAGCUGGUAGUAGUAGUAGGGUAGUAUAAUGAAGCUGGUAGUAGUAGUAGUAGGGUAAUAUAAUGAAGCUGGUAGUAGUAGUAGGGUAGUAUAAUGAAGCUGGUAGUAGUAGUAGGGUAGUAUAAUGCAUUAGAAUGGUUCUCCUGAUCCCCACCUUCAGGGGGUGUGUAUAUCCCUGUAUGGAAUUAGAAGGCUAUAGAUCUCAGUAACUAGAUGGCCUCCCCUCGUUCAGGACACCGGAUUGAGGAGAUCCCAGAGGUUCCCCUGGUGGUUGAUGAUAAAGUGGAGGGUUACAAGAAGACCAAGGAGGCUGUGCUGCUGCUGAAGAAACUCAAGGCCUGGAACGACAUCAAGAAGGUUAAUAAUAUAGCUAUACUUAAUACUGUCUCACUGUCAAGGUUCACUUUUCGACGUCUUGUUAUGAGCGAAAUGAAGCAGUGAUGUACCACUCCAGGUCCGUGUUUCUGAAUCCCGAUUUUAAUGGGAGUCGUGAGCCAUUGCGUGAUAGUAUAAGUGUGUGUCCUUAGUGGAUGAGUUAAUGAAGGUGAUAUUGUGGAUCUGUGCAGGUGUACGCGUCCCAGCGAAUGCGUGCCGGGAAAGGUAAGAUGAGGAAUCGCAGGCGUAUCCAGCGCAAAGGACCGUGCAUCAUCUACAACCAAGACCAAGGCGUCACCAAGGCAUUCAGAAACAUCCCUGGUAUGUACUGGUUAGUCUACCCUGGUGUGUACUGGUUAGUCUACCCUGGUAUGUACUGGUUAGUCUACCCUGGUAUGUACUGGUAAGUCUACCCUGGUGUGUACUGGUUAGUCUACCCUGGUAGGUACUGGUUAGUCUACCCUGGUAGGUACUGGUUAGUCUACCCUGGUAUGUACUGGUUAGUCUACCCUGGUAUGUACUGGUUAGUCUACCCUGGUAUGUACUGGUAAGUCUACCCUGGUGUGUACUGGUUAGUCUACCCUGGUAGGUACUGGUUAGUCUACCCUGGUGUGUGCACUACUUUGGCAGAAGUAAAGGCAAUAGGGUGCUGUUUCAGACACUGCCUCCAUGUAGCGGUGAUUAGUAUCUUCUUCUUUUGCAUAGGAAAAGUAAAUAAACAUGGCUAAUGAAUACACGUUUUCUGUAAAGGGAUAAUGGAGAAUGCCAUUCAUCUGCUAAUCCAAAUGACCGAAAUGUAGAUGCGUUUCUUUUCAAUAGAAACUGUCUUGCUGUAGUUGCCACUGUGUAGGAAACUGAUUUUGAGUUUCUCUGUUUUAAAACUCAAUACUUCCCAUCCAUCUACCAGGCAUCACCCUGCAGAACGUGAACAAGCUGAACCUGCUCCGGCUCGCCCCCGGUGGUCACGUCGGCCGCUUCUGUAUCUGGACCGAGUCCGCCUUCCGCAAGUUGGACCAGCUCUAUGGAACCUGGCGCAAAUCUGCCUCUCUCAAGGUGGACUACAAGUUAGUAAAACUAGGGUUAAAUGGGCCUGAUCCUUAGUGGACCUGGUCCUUAAUGGGCCCGAUCCUUAAUGGACCUGGUCCUUAAUGGGCCCGAUCCUUAAUGGACCCGGUCCUUAAUGGACCCCUAUGUUCUUGUGGAGAUCUGAUGAACAUGGUAACUCCAAUAUAGCCUGUCAACGUGGAGUUAUUUCUGAGGUGUUAAACUACCAGCUCUGUUUAAAACAAUAUGACCACCUUAAAUGAAUUGGCAUAACAAACGGUUGUUUUAUUCUGUACCGACUAAUUAACAUUAAGAAUCUACUUUCCAUACAGUUGUCUAAUUUCAUAAAUCAAUUCAAAUAGUUAAUUAUUUAGACUAAGAUGUUGGGGGACGAGGGGGUACUAAGCUGACGUGGAAUUGUUUUAAGAUUUCCAUACCAUGGAUCAGUUAACUAUUUGAUUUAGGACCCCUUUUAGGUAUAAACAAUUAUUUGAUAAAAUAUAAACCCCAUAAACACAUUUAUGGCAAAGUACAGUCAAAAAAUACAUCACAAACACGUUUUUGAAGUGUCUGUCCUAAAUCUAGGACAUGAGAUGUUUUUAUAUUUUUGAACACCUUUUUAAUCCCUUUUUUGGGGUAGGCAAAACUACCUAGCUCAGCUGGUAGAGCACGGCGCUUGUAACGCCAAGGUAGUGGGUUCGAUCCCCGGGACCACCCAUACACAAAAAUGUAUGCACGCAUGACUGUAAGUCGCUUUGGAUAAAAGCGUCUGCUAAAUGGCAUAUUAUUAUUAUUACCUUCAUACUUCUAGUUUUUUUAAAAUCUGGUACCGGUUACCUUCAGACGAGUCCCGUGGGGCUCGUAGAGCAAAACUGAGAACACUUAUGUUCGUGAGAAUAUCCCCUUUCCACCGUGGGGUCCCAUUUAGUUUGGUAGCGUCCGAAAGGUUUGGGCUACAAACAGAGGUUGGCACAUCGGCGGUUCCGACUUCAGACGAGUCUCCUCGGAUCUCCACCGGUGCAUAGGGUCCUAAGGCUCAUUGGGCCCUGUCUUCGUAGUUGGUUAAAACUGGUUGAAAUUAAGUUAGUCGUUUCAACUAGUUAGUAAUGUCAACCAGUUGGGCAUGAUGUUGCAGGGCAGUGUUGCCCCAGAUCAGUCCUCCAGAACCCCCCAAAAAAAGCACUUUGUUGUUGCAUCUCCGAACAAACUCACCUGAUUCAAGUCUUUGAGGGCUUGAUUACUUGACCAGCUGAAUCGGGUGUGCUUGUCUUGGGCUACAACGUGUUGGGGGUACUCAAGGACAGGCGUUGUUUAAUGUGUUGGUUAGUAGCAGAUUUGAGAGCUAUUUAAUUUCUACAGUGAUGAGCUUCCACUUCGGUCCGUGUUUCUGAAUCCUGAUAUCUACCAGAAGUUCUGAGUUUUGAUAAGGCUCCAAUGUUCUGCUGCUAACCACCAUAAUAAUCUUAGUUACUGCCAGUCGUAAUGUGUUCUGACCACUGUCCCCCUCCUCCAGUCUGCCAAUGCACAAGAUGACCAACACAGAUCUGAGCAGGAUUCUGAAGAGUGAAGAGAUCCAGAAAGCACUUCGUGCACCAAAGUAAGACCUGCUCACUUUAUGUAGUACAGAGCAUUAUGGGUACUGUAGUACAGAGCAUUAUGGGUACUGUAGUACAGAGCAUUAUGGGUACUGUAGUACAGAGCAUUAUGGGUACUGUAGUAGAGCAUUAUGGGUUAUCCUCCAUUGUGACAUGAAGCCAUGAGGUUCCACUUUUACGGUCUGUGUUUCUGAAUCCUGAGCCUUUACAAUAGGCUGCAUCCCAAGGGGCCCUCUUCCUAAUAUAGUGUAUUACUUUCGAUUGGGGUCAAUUGGGCUCUGGUCUAAAGUAGUGCACUAUGUAGUUAAGUGUGCCUUCGUCAACGCUAGAUUUUCCCUCCUACUGACCCCGUCUGGUCUCCUCACAGCAAGAAGAUCAGGCGCAGGGUCCUGAAGAAGAACCCUCUGAAGAACCUGAGAAUCAUGAUGAAGCUGAACCCCUACGCCAAGACAGCCAGACGUCAAGCCAUCCUGCUCCAUGACCCGGCUGUGAGUAUACCACCAAAAUGGCCGGCUAUGGCCCUCGGUUGCAUAUAA